CUCUCCACAACUACUCAAGUCGCCAAAAGGAAAUAUAUUUGCAAUAUUUGCUGGAGAGGGAGGGUGGGCGUCUGAAGACAGACAGGGUUUCUUUUGGCGGAGGGAUACACUGCGAGAACGCGGCACGACGUCUCGAGGCGGAGGUUUGAAUUGGUGAGGUGAGGCUCCGCGCUCGCGUUCCAAGGCAGGUAACGGCCGUCAUUGAGCCUUCGGAUUGCGCGGGAGAGGCUUCUACGCGUCAAGGCUCCUCGGGUUGCGACGUCCCUUGCGAGGCUUGACCUUUUGCAAAAGGUAAAAUAAUCAAAUGACAAAAUGCCACUUUAUGGGAAAAUUGUUGUUAUUAAAAGGAAUGGGGCUGAUGGAACUCAUUUUCCUUUAACUGCGAGCUCUUGCUUAUUUGGAAGGAAAAAAGAAUGUGACAUCCGAAUUCAACUGCCUGAGGUUUCCAAGGAACACUGUAAAAUCGAAAUCAAUGAAAAUAAGGAGGUCAUUUUGUUUAAUUUAAGUUCUACAAAUCCAACACAACUGAAUGGAAAUAAUGUUCAAGAUCACACAUUCUUGAAGCAUGGAGAUAUAUUGACUGUUAUUGAUCGUUCUUUCAGGUUUGAAUAUCCACCUUUGUCACCUCGACAGAAGAGAAGUUGCAGAUCUCAAGAGAAAGAAAUGUUACAGGUUCUUCAUGUCCAGCAGAAAGAACAAGAUUUGCUGCACCCACAGGAUUCAGAAAACAGAAAUCCUAAGAUUUCUGACAUUAAAAAAUCACCCCAAAAGUGUAAAAAUACAAAACAUUUAUUAACUCAACGGCUUGGGAAAAGAAAGCGAGCGUCUUUUGGUGUCCAACUGUGUCCUGAGUUAUUGGAUGAACGCUUGCCUCCAAACUCACCACAUAAAAGAAAUAAAAUUGCUAGAAGACUGAGUUUACCACUUCAGAACUCACCUCGAGCAGUGCUGAAAAAUGACCCAGGACUAAGACAUUCUGAAACCAAGGAUCAGGACCAACCUAAUUUGAUGGAAAGAGCUGCCUUGCCACAGGGCCAUGGGUCCCCGGCUGCCUUAUCCGUAGCCUGCAGAAUGAGUACUAAAAAAACCAGAAGUUCUUUUCUAAGGCAUAUGCUAACAGAGGAAUGUUUAAUAAUCUCUACAGAUUCAUCUAGUACAGAUAGAAUAGCACAUGUUCAGACACUUGAUGCUAGUGGGAAUAGAGACUGGCCUCAAGAGGAGGAAGAUAAAAUAAAACAACCAACCACAAACAAUCCUAUCCAGGACGUUGAGACAGAAAACAAUGAACCAAUGUCUUCCAAUGCAUUUGAAAGGGGCCUUGAAAAUGGGGUUGAAGUGCCAGCUGAAGCUGUUUUAGAAUCAAAUGUGUCAAGUCCAUUAACUAGAAAGUCAGGCAUUAAAACAUCACCUCAAAUGCCUGAAAAUACAGAACAUGUUUUAUUAACUGAACCGCUUGGGAAAAGAAAGAGAGUAUCUUUUGGUGGCCAGCUGAGUCCUGAGUUGUUUGAUAAACGUUUGCCUCCAAACUCCCCACUUAAAAGAGGUGCAACUCCUAGAAGAAUGACUUUACCAUUUGGAAACUCACCUCGAGCAGUGCUGAAAAAAGGUUUGGGAUUAAGGCAGUCUGUAACCGAGGUACAGCACAAAACUGUUUUGAUGAAAAAUGCUUCACCCAAGGCCUGUAGGUCCCCUACCACCUCACCCAAGACCCAUGCCGCCUCAUCCCCAACUCAAAAGUCUCCAGCCACCUCACCCAAGGCCCCUACCACUGCUUUCUCAACCCGAAGGUCCCCUGCUGCCACUCCCAUAGCCCACAGUUCCCCAUCUACCUCUCCUGCAGCCCGCAAGCCUCCUACUCCAUUGCCCCAAAGAAAAGGACGCUUCUCCAUUUCUCAUGUUACCUGCCCAUCAUCAGAAGAAAGGGAUUCCAUCACCACACAAAUCCAUCAGAAUAAGGAAUUUGAUUGUGUAAAGACAUCUGAAUCUGUUGGUGUGGUAUCUCAAGCUGAUUCCUCAGUAAGAAGAAGCAAAAAAUUUGCUCUAAAGAGAAGCUCCAUGCGUAGAAGUAGCAGAAUGGAUUCUGUUCACUCUAAAAGACGAAGUGGUGCUUCUGAAGCCAACUUGAUAGUUGCAAAAUCUUGGGCUGAAGUAGUGAAACAGGGUGUUCCAAAAUCACAAGCCAAGAUGACCAGAACAAAAUGUGGCGUUAAAAAAUCACCGAAGAAGAAACCUACAAAACUAUCAAAGAACAAUGUUUCCACAAGGAGAACACCAAUAAGAAAAGCCAAGGGUCAGUUUACUUCUACAGGUCAUGCAAAUUCUCCAGCUCCAAUUUUGAUAGGAAAAGCUCAUUCCAGCAUAAUGAAUUUAGCUGCACAAGUCCCUAAAGUAAUGUUCAACUAUCCUUUGAAGCAACAUGACCUAAAUGAAAGUUUUACAGGGAUGAUUGAGAUGUUUAAGACUCCACUCAAAGGAGACGAAAAGCGUUCUCUUUCUUCGGCUCAAAAGACUACAUCAGAAGUCAUCUCAGAAGUGCACUCUCCAGGAAAAUCUGGAGAGGCAUCAACGAAAGCUUUCAAUGUAACAAAUCAACAUAGACUUUGCAAUCAAGAUAUUGUAUCCCCCUUCAGUGAAAAGUCUCAAGAUGCAUGCCUUGGCCAAGAUGAUUUACAAAUUGCUCCCAGAGAAGCAAAUACUAGAUUGGAAGUUACUGUAAGGAAGAAUAGCUUACCAGUAUCUGUAAAGGAAACACCAGCAUUGGAAAAUAAAAAUCCAGAAAUAAAAUCAGAAACCAUGGAGGAAGUUUCAGAUGUCAAGAAGAUCAUUGGGACACCCAAGCAAAAAGCAGAAACUGUUGAGGCUCUCUCAGGGGUCAAGAGAAUCUUGAGGACACCUAAGGAAAAACCAGAACCUGUUGAAGCUCUCUCGGGGGUUAAGAGGAUCUUGAGGACACCCAAGGACAAACCAGAACCUGUUGAAGCUCUCUCUGGGGUCAAGAGGAUCUUGAGGACACCCGAGCAAAAAACAGAACCUGUUGAGGCUCUCUCAGGGAUCAAGAGGAUCUUGAGGACACCCAAGGAAAAAUCAGAACCUGUUGAGGCUCUCUCGGGGAUCAAGAGGCUCCUGAAGACACCGGAACAAAAAACAGAACCUGUUGAAGUUUUCUCAGGGGUCAAGAGGACUUCCAUGCAAGACCUAGAGCCCACCAAGGUGUUUUCGGGCAUCAGGAGUCUGUUGAGAACACCCAAGGAAAACCUGAGUCUUGUAGCAGAUGAUAUUGUGUGUUCCAAGUUGACCAAAACUCCGGAAGUAGCAUUACCGGGAAGCUCUGAGAAAGAACAUACAAUCCAGCCUAUGGAAAAUCAUGCUGAUGAGGUACCCAAGGAAAAAGUGCCACCACUAGAAGAUUUGGAAGAAAUUCAGAAACAGUUGAGGACACCAAAGCAAAGACCUGAAGUUAUGCAAGAUCUGGUUGGCAUUGGCCAAUUAUUCAAGACUCCAAAGCAGAGGGUUUUGCCAGUUGAUGACUUCUUUGGGUUACCGAAGCUUAUGGCUGAGCCUAAACAGAGCUCAUUAAGUCCUGAAAUAGAUUACACAGGUGUCAAAGACAUUUUCAGUGCUGCUCAUGAACAUAAGGAUGAAAUACUAGAAACUGCAAGUGUGGAAGAAGAUCAUGGACCUUCUAUGAAUUCCAGAAAUAAUUCUGGAGAGGCAUCAAUGACACCUUUCAACGUAACAUAUCAACAAAGACUUUGCAAUCAAGAUAUUGUAUCCUCCAGUGAAAUGUCUCAAGAUACAUGUCUUGGACAAGAUGAUUUACAAAUAACUUCCAGAGAAGCAAAUAGUAGAUUGGAUGUUACUGUAAAGAAGAAUAGAACACCAGUAUUGGAAAAUAAAAAUCCAGAAAAAAAAUCAGAAACCAUGGAGGAAGUCUCAGAUGUCAAGAAGAUCACUGGGACACCCAAGCAAAAAAUAGAGCCUGUUGAAGUUAUCUCAGGGGUCAAGAGAAUCUUUAUAACACCUAAGGAAAAACCAGAACCUGUUGAGGCUUUCAUGGGGGUUAAGAGGAUCUUGAGGACACCCAAGGACAAACCAGAACCUGUUGAAGCUCUCUCGGGGGUCAAGAGGAUCUUUAGGACACCUAAGGAAAAACCAGAACCUGUUGAAGCUCUCUCGGGGGUCAAGAGGAUCUUUAGGACACCUAAGGAAAAACCAGAACCUGUUGAGGCUCUCUCGGGGGUUAAGAGGAUCUUGAGGACACCUAAGGAAAAACCAGAACCUGUUGAGGCUCUCUCGGGGGUUAAGAGGAUCUUGAGGACACCCAAGCAGAAAACAGAACCUGUUGAGGCUCUUUCGGGGAUCAAGAGGAUUUUGAGGACACCCAAGGAAAAAACAGAACCUGUUGAGGCUCUCUCCGGGAUCAAGAAGCUCUUGAAGACACCGGAACAAAAAACAGAGCCUGUUGAAGUUUUCUCAGGGGUCAAGAGGACUCCCAUGCAAGACCUAGAGCCCACCAAGGUGAUUUUGGGCAUCAAGAGUCUGUUGAGAACAUCCAAGGAAAACCUGAGUCUUGUAGCAGAUGAUAUUGUAUGUUCCAAGUUGACCAAAACUCCAGAAGUAGCAUUACUAGGAAGCUCAAAGAAAGAACAUACAAUUCAGCCUAUGGAAAAUCAAGCUGAUGAGAUACCCAAGGAAAAAGUGCCACCACUAGAGAAAGAAAUUCAGAAACGGUUGAGGACACCAAAGCAAAGACCCGAAGUUAUGCAAGAUCUGGUUGGCAUUGGCCAAUUAUUCAAGACUCCAAAGCAGAGGGUUUUGCCAGUUGAUGACUUCUUUGGGUUACCGAAGCUUAUGACUGAGCCUAAACAGAGCUCAUUAAGUCCUGAAAUAGAUUACACAGGUGUCAAAGACAUUUUCAGUGCUGCUGAUGAACAUAAAGAUGAAAUACUAGAAACUGCAAAUGUGGAAGAAGAUCAUGGACCUUCUAUGAAUUCCAGAAAUAAUUCUGACUCUUUGGAAAAUGAACUUGAUGAAAGGAAAGGACCGAAUCUGGAAGAUUUGACUGAAAUAAAAUUUCCUUUUACAACAGAAAGUGAAGAACAUACAUGUGAUUUAAAACCCAAAGACAACCUACUGAAUGAAUUAAAAACAGAGGCUACAGAAAUGGAAUGCAUACCAAAAAUCUGCCAGGAAGAUGGUACCAAGUCUCCAAAGGCAGACAAAAUCAUUUUUUUAAAAAAACCAGCCUUAAAUCUUGGUUCCACAGAUAAAGAAAUGGCAGAACCAUUGGUUUCAGGUAGAAGAACUAGGAAACGAACGUAUGUUGAGUCCAGCACAGCACUGAAACAAAAAGGGAAGAUACAGAAGCUUACAAGGAACUCAAAAACAGCAAAAUCAGACAGAUAUGAAAAAAACAAUAACAGUGUUCAGCAGAGUAUUCCCGAAUCUAGCAAACUUUCAAUUGAGACAGAUUGCAAUAUACAAAUUAAAGAAAUUGAACCUUCAAAGAUGGAAAGCAUUGGAAACAAGAUAUGCCUCAGAUAUACAAGAAGAAAGGCCACCCCAUUAAAAACAGAAAAUGAAAUAUUAAACACAGCUAUUACUGAAAAUAAAAGUGGAAAUACCAAUUAUGCGGCAUCUGAACUAUAUAAAACUGAAGCUUUGGAAAAUAAUACAGAAGAAUUCAAGGAAAAUGCAAUUAAGGGAAAGGGGAAAAAAGUUCAUUUCCUACUUGAGAAAAAUAAUUCUAUGUCUCUGGAAGACAAAUGUGUUCUUGGAGAUAAUGAAGGUAUUCCUGAAGAAGAAAGGAGUGCAUUUUCUAAAAGGUCGACUUCUGCAAAAGAGAAAACAUCACGAAGGAGCAAAUGCAAGUCUUCUGUGGUAUCACAACAACUUUGCUUUUCCCCUUCAGAAGGGAAGCACACAUUUGAGACUUGUAGAGACAAAGACAAGAAAGGUAUACAGUUGUCUUUUGAAAGCAGUAAUCUUACAAAAGAAGACCCCAUAGUAGUUAGUUCUGGGUUUUCCCAUGGAAAAAAUGUGCAAGAAAUUCAAGCAGAAGAAAGGUCCAAUGAAACUCAGAAGCUCCCAUUGGAAAGCAUUCAGGAACAUCCAGCAAGAAGGCAAAAGGUGGCAAGAAGGAAUCCACCAAGAAAUGUUUGCAACAAAUACAAAUGCUUGGAACAAAUUCAAAAUGAAACAUCUCUUGAAAACAUCUCCAGUAAAACUGUUCAGACUUUUAAAGAUAACAUUCCACCAAGAAGGCAAGCAGAAGUGAAAGAGUGUUUUGCCAGGAAAACUUGCACAGAAGAGGUCAGCAAAGAGACAGCUGAAAAAGAACAUAAUUUAGCUGGAAGUAUAGGUGAUAAUCGGCCAAAACGGGGCAGAGCGAAAAAAAUUGUGCUAAGGGAAGAGACUGCUUCUGCUGAAGAAAGUCACAAAACAGAUAGCUUCAUUUCUGCCAGAAGAGAAUGUUCAUUGAAACAAACACAAAAUGAUGCAAAUGCCUAUGGAACCCAAGGGAUGCCCAUGGAAAAUGUAGAGGCUCCCACGGAGCACAGCCCAUCCGAAAGAUUUAAAAUACCAAAAGAGGAUCCACCAAAGAGAGGCAAGAAAAAAGUAAUUGAUCAAAAAACACUGGCAGAAUGUGAGAUGAAAGCGGCGGCUGUUAUAAAAGAUGAAAAUACAGUUGCCAAAAAUGUUCACUCUACAAAAAAGAGUGAAACAAAAAGAGGAAGAGGAAGGAAGAUUGCCUCUGUGUCAUUGUUGCCUCCCCUUGAAGAUAAUAGCUUAAUUUUGUCUCCAUCAAUCAAAAGUAAAACUGCAAUAGAACAAGGAAGUGGCAUUUCGGAAACUACAGCUACUGUAGAUAGUGGGACUCUAUCACAUAGAGGCAGAAGAAGAAAAGUUGAUGACAUAAAUGCAACCAACUCAGCUCCUAUAUUGCUUGAUAAAGACAAAGAGAAAAAAAUAUGUAAAGAUUUGCCAGAAGAAAAGUUAUCCAAAAGGGGAAGAAGGAAACAACUAGUUCUUCAUGAAACGUCAACAGUAAAUAAUUCCGAACUGGGAAAUAGUGAAAAUACUGGAUUGGGUAAAGAUAAACCCGUGCAUUUAGAAACUGGUUUUGAACAAAAGAACCAAUCAAAGAGGAAGAGGGGGAAACAGAAUGUUCUUGCUUCUAAUGAACUACUGCCUUCUCUCAAAGUCAGCAUCACUCUGCCAUCAUCUUCAGAGAAAGAUAGAACAGCCAGUGAAAAUCCAAGCACAUUUACUGAAAGUGUUGGGAAAAAUAAACGAACAAAAAGUGAUAGAAAAAAUGAAAUAGUGGGAUGUACCACAUCUCUCAGAAGAAACAAAUCUACGGAAGAGGUUUUUCAAGAAAAGGAUUUGGAAAAGAAAACUUUGGUAAAUGAGAAACAGUGCAGAAGAGGCAGGAAAAAAGUUACAUUUGAACCAGAAGUUUGUGCUUCUCUAAAGGAAAAAGCUGGAAUAACUGUAAGUUGUGCUGCUUCUGAAGAUCAACAGGAAGUUCUGGACAAUAUUGCUUUCAGUAAGAAAGUUCCAUCAUGUAGGAGGGGCCAAACAUUUCAUAAGGGAAAAAUAUUGCAAAAAGAUACUGAUCAAAUAAACACUUCUCAAAAUGAUCAAGAUAACAGUUCUGAAUUGUUACCUCAGGUAGCAAAGAAGAAUCCACUCAGAAUGGGCAGAAGAAAAGAAGUUAAGAAUGUUUCAGAAACUAGCACUACUAUUUUGGACGUUUCUGAAGGUUUCGUUGCAGAAAGGAGAUCAACAAAAUCUAAGAAAGAAAAGACUGAAAAUACAACAUUGAAAAAAGGAAGAAAAACAAAAGAUAGUACAGCUGUGACUGAUCCUUCAGAAACAGAAGGCAGAACAAGAGGAAGCAGAACAAGAAAAAGAUUAUUGUAAAUAUUAAUACCCUACCUCCUACCCCUUCCUUUCAUUAAGCAAAUGGAUAUGUCUUAAGAUUUUAAAAUUCAAGGAACUUAAGUAAAUGCUUUGUUUGGACCAUGUUCUUUAGCUUAUUCAUUCUUGAUACACAUUCUUGUUUCUGUUUUAUCCAUCUCAGGUGCUUUAUAGAAAAUGAUUAUUGGAAUUGUUGGCACUAGGUACUCAUUCCCUCCCUCCCUCCUCCAUUAAGCUAACAAUAUAUCUCUGAAUUUUAAAAUAUAUGGAAUGCUUUGCUGUUAAAUACUUUUGACGAAUUUCUUUAGCUUAUUCUUCAUUAUGAUAAAGUUCUGUAUUUUGUAGGAUUUCUCACUUAAAAAUGCAGUGAUUUGAGAACUGCAUUUUAACAGCUCUGAUCUGUUUUUACUGAAAAGAUUGUAUUGUUGUUGUAUAUGUACAUUUUGAUAUUAAAGCAUAUAUUAAUUUUG